AUGGGUGGACUGAAUCUGGAAGUGUUUAAGUUUGGAACAUAUGUCCUGUUCCCGAUCGGCAUCAUGUAUUACUUUGGCACCAACCUAGAUGAGCGAUUCUCGGUACACGACUUUUGGCCUAAGCCUGAGGAGUGCAACACCGUGCCCAAGGACCGGGACGAGAUCAGGGCCGAAACGACGUAUCGAGGUUGUGACAAAUUCAUAUUCUGA